AUCUUAAAUGUUAUCCAAAUUAUAUAUUUUGUCACAAUUACCUUUUAUUUUAUUCUUAAGUUUUUCUUUUAAUGACAAAUUCGGAUUGUAUGUUACUUGGACCGUUGGUCUUUGAUAAGGAGAGAUAAGAUAGAAUAUGGAUAUCCAACUAAACCAUCAUCUUCACUCAUUCUCUUUGAGCCAUCCAAAACAACCACCCUCCUCCACCCAUCCCCACCACCGCACAACCACCGUCAAAGUCUAUGCAAUCUCCGGCAACCCACAAAAACUGAUACAGUCCGGCACCGUGGUUGCCAUUGUUCCAAAAGAAGCUGCAGCAGCCAUUAAUGAUGGAGGAUACAAACUCCUUGAUAUCAGGCCAGAAUGGGAGAGAGAGAAGUCACGUGUUUCAGGGUCAAUGCACGUGCCAUUGUUUGUCCAGGACAUGGAUAAUGGACCCCUUACCCUAUUGAAAAAAUGGGUUCACUUUGGUUAUAUUGGUGCAUGGACUGGUCAGAGUUUUACUAUGAUCAAUCCUGAUUUUCUUGAUCAAGUGGAGAAGAUGGUUCCUGAUAAGUCCACUAAACUUCUUGUUGCUUGUGGUGAAGGUUUAAGAUCUAUGAUGGCAACAUCAAAGUUACAUAAAAACGGAUAUACAAACUUAGGAUGGUUGGCUGGAGGAUUCAAUCGCGCCACUGAUGGCGAUUUCCCAGAAGUUGAAGGGCCAGAGAAGUUGCAGUAUGCCACCAUUGGAGGUGCAUCUUAUUACUUCCUUAAGAUCCUUCUUUUGUUACAAGCUGUGGGGAAGAACAAUUAACUAACAUGUUGACUUUUGACCUAAAAAGUCAUUUAUGCCAUGUAUUUUAUGGAUUUGCUUCUUCAAGUUUUUGGACAUUUUGAAGUUAGUUUAAGAAUUAAUGUACAAAUUGUCUAAUUUUAUCCCUAUUCAAAAUAUCACUGUUAAUUGCUUCUAAA